AUCUUCUUGUCUUCUCCACAAGUCCACAUUCCUCGCAAAUUCCCGCCUUUUUUGCAGUUCAGUUUGCAGAAAAAUAUUUUAUUUUAUAUAUUCUUUUUUUAACCCAGUAUUAAUAUAAUGGACCCUGAAAGCGAAGAAAAUUUUAAGAAAAAAAUAAAAACCGACAAUGGAAAACGUAUUUCUAAAGAAAAGACUGUUUCAACCAAAUCCAUUGCGAUAGUGGACCGGUGUUCCUUAUGCAAACAAUAUUUGGAUUCUCUUUUAUACUAUUCAGGUCAUCCAAAUUAUUCUACUGAUGAAGCUUAUGCACUUUUAGACGAAAAGCUUAACAUUUUCACUGGAAACGAAGAAUGUAUAAAUGAAAAUGAUCAUCCAACACACAAGGUCACUUGUUUUACAGUUUAUGACGAAAAUAGUCACUUAUGUGCAUUUGACAAUGGCCUCAUUGAAAGCAACGUAAAACUAUAUGUAUCUGGAUACAUCAAACCUAUAUUUGAUGAAGAUCCUUCUACAGAGAAUGGUAUACCUGCUCAUGAUUUAGGACCAAUUAACGAAUGGUGGAUGGCAGGUUAUGAUGGAGGGGAGAAAUUACCCAUAGGAUUUACUACCUAUUAUGGCUAUUAUUAUCUCAUGGAACCAUCUCCUGAAUAUGAACCACUUUUUAGAGACGUUAAAGAAAAAACAAGAUUAGCCAAAUUGGUGGUAGAAUUUUUAUUUGAUUAUGGUAAUGUAAAUCCACAAUUAGAAGACCUACUAGAACAUAUAGAAAACACAGGAGAGUUCACCAAUGUGAUUGAUAAACUAGUACAACAUGCCCAGUUUAUUUGUGACCAGCUCGUUAGCAUAGAAGCCGAAGAAGAAGAUAAUGAUGACCAACCCUUGUAUACUCUUUCUUGUGUUAGAUCCCUGAUUCAAAGAGCCGGUGUUUCAUUUAAGAAGCCUUUAGGAAAUGUAGUUGAGGUAACAAAAAAAAAAAAAGAAAAAAAGGUAAUGUCCAAAGCUGUAACUACAAAAUUAGUCCAAGAUGUAUUUGGACAUUUUUUUCCGAACCAAAUGGAUAGUAAAGGUGACAGUAAAGGUCCAAGAAAAAAGCGUUGUGGAAUUUGUGAGGCUUGUCAAUCGCCUGAUUGUGGCAAAUGUAAUAAUUGUUUGGACAUGUUAAAGUUUGGUGGUGCUGGAAAAUGUAAACAAGCUUGCAAACAUAGAAGAUGUAUGCAGGCAGCAGUAGAAGAUGCUGAAUUGUCUGAUAAUGAAGAUGAAACUGAUUCAAAGGCUAACAAAAAGGCUAGCAAAAAGGUACAGAUUGUUCAUGUUUCAAAGAAAGUAAUUCACAAUGUUAAAUGGAAAGAACAAGCUUCUACAAAGUACAAGGGAUCUCAAUGUUAUUUAUCAGCAGAAAUUGGAAGAAAAUUUACUGUUGAAGUGGGUGACUUUGUGACACUUAGACCGGAAAAUGAAAAAGAUCCCUUGUGUAUUGCCAAAAUUAUCUACAUGUAUGAUAGAUUUCCGCAAAAAAAUGUAUUUCAUGGUCACAUAUUUUGUCGUGGAACGGAUUCAAUUUUAGGAGAGACAGCAGAUCCAAGAGAACUUUUUGUAAUAGACGAUUGUGACGAAUUACUGCUGGGUAGUAUUGUAAGAAAAGCAACAGUGGAAUAUCGUAAAAUUCCAGACAAUUGGGCUAAAUUAGGUGGAGAAUUUGGUUUAGAAGAUCCUUUACAAGACGAUGGUGAACAUUUCUUUUUCACAAAAAGACUAGAGGAUAAUAGAUUUGUAGAUUUAGACUUUAAUCCUGAAGUUUAUGUUGAAGGUUGUGAUUCUUGCAGGCGACAAGCUAUAGAAAAACAAUUCAAUACCCCCACCCUUGUCGAGAAAUGUAUUAAAUGGAAAAAUGAAGAUUAUGAAGUGGGUAUGGGUGUAUUUUUGAAUCCAGAUGUGUAUGUUUUUAAAAAUGAAAAUGAAAUAACUGUGGAUAACAAAGAAAAUUUAGUGGAUGAAAUUAUUUAUCCAGAGUAUUAUCGUAAAAGAAGUGAAAAUUUAAAAUGUUCAAAUAAGGACACUCCUCCACCGUUUGUCAUUGGCAUAAUAGAAGAAAUACUGGAAUCAAAGAAAAAAGAUAUCCAAAUUAAAGUAAAAAUCAUGUUUAGGCCUGAAAAUACUUAUGGUUCUAUAUUUUCAGCAUACACCAAAGAUUUAAACUAUUUGUAUUAUAGUGACAAAGAAAUAACAGUAUCAUUUGAGAACGUAGAAGGUAAAUGUUAUUUGACAUAUGGAUAUAACACAGAAUAUCCUAGUGAAUGGGCAGAAGAAGGCCCUUUCCGUUUUUAUUUUACUGAAGCAUAUGAUCCAAAAACAAAUCAAGUAGUCAAUUUACCAACACAUGCUAAAAAUAUAGGAAUUUCAGGAAAGGGCAAAGGGAAAAGAAAAAAUACAAUGCCAAAAUUAACACCAGUUUGGGAUGCAAUUCCUAAGCCUUUAAAGUGUAUGGAUGUUUUUGCUGGUUGUGGUGGUCUAUCAGAAGGACUGAAACAGAGUGGAAUUGCAGAUUCCAAAUGGGCAAUUGAAAGUCAUAUACCUGCUGCCAAUGCUUUUAAACUAAACAAUCCCGAUUGUAAAGUGUUUACCAACGAUUGCAAUGAAUUGCUAAAACUUAUUCUUAAUAAUGAAGGAAAAGGAAGGGGAUUACCUGAAAAAGGUGAGGUUGAAAUGUUAGUUGGUGGACCACCAUGUCAAGGAUUUUCAGGAAUGAACAGAUUUAACUCUAGAGAAUACUCAUCCUUCAAAAAUUCUCUUGUUGCUUCUUGCUUAAGUUAUUGUGAAUAUUAUAGGCCUAAAUAUUUCAUCAUGGAAAAUGUCAGAAAUUUUGUUUCAUUCAAAAAAAGUAUGAUUUUAAAAUUAACACUAAGAUGUCUUCUUGCAAUGGGAUAUCAAGUUACUUUUGGAAUUUUACAAGCAGGACAGUAUGGGGUUCCUCAAACUCGAAAAAGAUUCAUUUUAAUGGCCGCAGCACCUGGCUGUGUAUUGCCAACUUAUCCGGAACCAUUAUAUGUUUUCAGCAAAAAAGCAACACGUCUAACUUUUGUUGCAGACGGAUUUACCUAUUACAAUGAAUGUUUUUGGACUGAAUCUGCACCAUUUAGAAACAUUACAGUCAGAGAUGCAUUGUGCGACUUGCCUGAGAUUAAAAAUGGUUCAAUGUGCCUUGAAAUACCUUAUAACACUGAUCCCAUGACCCAUUUUCAACGAAAAAUGAGAGGCCCCGGAGAUAAUACUAUAGUUCGGGAUCAUAUAUGUAAAGAGAUGAGUUCACUUGUUGUAGCAAGAAUGUCACAUAUUCCGAUUUAUCCAGGAGCAGAUUGGAGGGAUUUGCCCAAUAUAAAAUUGAGACUAACUGAUGGUACCAUUACAAAUAUUCUGCAGUAUGCCUACAC